CAAUUUGUUACCUUUGAAACUUGAACUGUCAGUUACGGCCUGACAUUUGUCACAAAGUCCUUUUUGUUCAUUAUCAUACCAAAAUUUCAGUAAAAUGGGUAACAGAUCAUCGCUUCUUUUGAGGCAAGAAGAAAUUGCACAAAUACAACAAGAAACAGGAUUUACUUCGAACCAAAUUGAACGUCUUUACUCAAGAUUUACCGCCCUAGACAGGGGCGAUUGUGGCACGUUAAGCCGAAAUGAUUUUCUAAGAAUCCCAGAACUAGCCAUUAAUCCAUUGGGAGAGAGAAUUGUUAAUUCAUUUUUCCAAGGAGAUGAAUUUAGUGAUAGGGUGAACUUUAGACAGUUUAUGCAAGUUCUGGCACACUUCAGGCCUAUUAAAAAGAAUAAAGAAAACAAAUUGAACUCCAGGGAAGAUAAAUUAAGAUUUGCAUUUAAGAUGUAUGAUUUGGACAAUGAUGAUUUAAUAUCAAAGGAUGAAUUAUUAGCCAUUUUGCACAUGAUGGUUGGUACACAUAUUAGUGAAGAACAAUUAACUAGCAUAGCAGAAAGGACAAUUUUGGAAGCUGAUGAAGACGGUGAUCAAAUGAUUUCAUUCGAAGAAUUUUGUAAAGCUCUACAAAGAACAGAUGUUCAACAAAAAAUGAGCAUUCGCUUUUUAAAUUAACUGUUUCAUUCAAACAUUGAAAUAUUCUAGCAAGUUUUCCACUGUGAAUACCCACUAAUAGGUUUAGAUAUUGUGAUAUUUUAGUUUUUUAAAUUAAAUUAAAAUUAUAUGGCUGAGGUGAAAUAUAAAUUAGAUAGUAAAUAUGUAUGUAUUAAGUAAA